UGAUUGCAUAAGCUUCCUAGCCAGCCAUCUGCUUGCGUUUGCUCUUUAAACAUUUUGUUCGGGUAAUUUUUUUUUUAACGACAUCGAUAUGAAAUAAACAGCGCGGUUCACUGUUGUGCUGCGUGGAGCACCAAUCAGCCACAGAUUAUCAUAAUGUUGGCCCGCAAAGGCCUUAUGCCCGAUGGGUUCCUGUUGACACGACUCGCCGAAGAUGCCGCACAACCCUCUCGCAUCCGGCCAAAGUCACAGAGAGCGCGUUUCAUCACCAAGAGCGGCUCGUGUAAUGUUGCCCACAAGAAUAUACGAGAACAGGGCCGGUUUCUCCAAGAUGUGUUCACCACAAUGGUGGACCUGAAAUGGCAGCAUUCCCUCCUCAUCUUCACUUCAGCAUUCCUCUGCUCUUGGAUGCUCUUUGCCAUGGUUUGGUGGCUCUUGGCGUUCGCUCACGGUGAUCUGGAGCCGCAAGAUCCCAACGACCCCGGGCCUGUGCCCUGUGUCACUUCCAUUCACUCCUUCACAUCUGCUUUUCUCUUCUCCAUUGAGGUUCAGGUCACUAUUGGUUUUGGAGGACGAAUGGUGACAGAGGAAUGUCCGCUGGCCAUCAUAGUCCUCAUCAUCCAGAACAUUCUAGGCCUGAUCAUCAACGCCAUCAUGCUGGGCUGUGUGUUCAUGAAGACGGCUCAAGCCAACCGGCGAGCAGAGACCCUCAUCUUCUCGCGAAACGCUGUCAUUGCCCCGCGGAACGGCAGACCGACGCUCAUGUUCCGCGUCGGGGAUCUGAGGAAGAGCAUGAUCAUCUCGGCCACCAUUCAGCUGCAGGUGAUUCGGCGGACAGUGACAGCGGAAGGUGAGGUGAUUCCUGUUUGUCAGCUCGAUAUCCAGGUGGAAAACCCUCUCAGGAGCAACGGCAUAUUCCUCGUCUCUCCGCUUAUAAUCAGUCACACUAUUGACAGAGGAAGUCCACUGUACGAGGUCUCGGCACAGUCGCUGGCCACCGAAGACCUGGAGAUCAUUGUCAUUUUGGAAGGUGUUGUGGAGACCACCGGGAUCACAAUGCAGGCCCGCACAUCCUACACGCCGGAGGAGAUCUUGUGGGGUCGGCGCUUCGUCUCCAUUAUGACGGAGGAGGACGGCCGCUACUCGGUGGACUACUCCAAAUUUGGGAACACUGUCCCCGUUCGGAUGCCGGCCCUCAGUGCUAAGGAGCUGGACCAGACCAGGGGUGUUCAGGACAGCGGACCCCAUGAGGGUAAACCUCAGGGCUGGGGGCUGGUGAGGGCGGGACGGGGCGGGUACAGGAGGGGGGGCGGCGGCAGGGCCUGCGAUGAUGCGGCAGCCAAGCCGUGGUACGUAACAGCGGAGAAAGAGGACGAGAAGAAGGGUCAAAAGAAAACGGUGAAACUUGAGGAGAUAGGCAGAGAGAUUGAAGAAGAGACAAUAGAGGACAUGAGCGAUUAGAGAACAACAAAAACUGUUUUUUGUUUUGUUUGUUAGACAUGGAAGUAGAAGUGACACUAGUUCAGAUAAUAGUCAGACAUAUUAUAAAUAACAAAUAGGUCUGAAAUAGGUUUUAUACUACACAUGUUUUGUAAACUGUCAAAACAUGGACAACUGAGAAUGUCUUGUAGAUUUUGUCCUGUACUGCCAGCAAUAUAAUGCAUUUUAGGAUUGUUUUGACAGAAAAAUGUAAUAGCCAAGACAUGGAGCCUGGUUAGGGGAGACGCCAUGCAUAGUUUAAUGAGAAUAAAAAGGGAGGCUGUGGGGCAUAGAAGUACAGUAAAUAAAGUCAAUUCAAAUUUUACCAAAAUUACCAAAGAUCUUUAUUCACACAGAAUGCGUUUUUGUGUUCCAAUGUGCUACUAUAUAAACACUAUAUAUGUUUGACCGUUUUAACUGCAUAAACGCAUGACGCAGGCCAGUGAAAUGAAAAAAAAAAAUUCAAAAACUUGAACUACUUUUAACUUCACGAGACGCGAGCACAACUGUGCUCAAAUGCAUCCAUCUAGUGCAUGUUUACGUAGAAAAACAAUGGAAAAGCAGCGCAGUGAAAUACAAAAACUCAUUUGUGUGGCUCAAAUGGAUUGACAGACAGUUGUUCUAUUCUCCACAGCUUUGUUUUCAUUCAUGUCAAAUUAAAUAUGGCAUCUACCCUGACUAAAAAAUAAUGCUGCUGCUGUUGAAGCAAACACGAGGCAGCUGUAUAUGUUUGUAUGUUGGGUUUUGAUACCAUAAACCGUUUUUAAAUUAUUAUAUUCCAGUUCAGUCCUUUGCCUUUUUGUGUUCUCAUCUGGUUUUAUGAGAUGUUAUCGUGACUUUUUUGUUUUUACUGUGACUGUAAAUGUUGACAUAUUGUGUUUUUACACCAUGUGUGGCCAUGUGCAAUUGUGUGUGAACUAUAGGACCUGAUUGAACACAUCAUGUUAGUGUCCCCCUAUGCUAUUUAAAUGACCAUUAGAGAAUACAUUCCGUGUUGAUUCAACUGUUUACAUAUCAGGGUUAAUUUAUUUGAUGUAUUUCAUGUAAUUAAUAAAGCCAAUGACGUUUUUUAUA